AUGGAGCUGAGUCUGGUUCAGAGGCUGGUACUAACAGGGAUGUUAAUCUCUGAAACAUGGACCCAAGAGAGAUCUGGACCUAUGAGUUCGGAGUGCUUGGGGAACUUUUUGCGUAUAACACUGCUAGCAGAAUACUUUGAGGACAAAUACCUAUCUUUUUCUGUUGUUGAUCAAUCUGGCAUAGCCUGGGAGCUGGAUGAGACCAUGGCAUCACAGUGUGGUUAUACAGUAACUUACAGCAAUUGGAGUAACAUUGAGUUUCGUGCUUCUGCACUAAGCUGCCAUUCUCGCUUAGAGAAAGAUGUGUUCACAGUAACUAUAGAAAUCAAAGCAUCACAUAGUCCUGAUAUGAAAAAUGCUGCAACUCAUCUGAAAAGUGCAAGUUGCCCUUAUGUCCCAUGGAGCCCAAGAGAGUUAGUAUGUGAAAGUAACUACAUGGAGGUUUCUGUCAGGAAGGAGAUUCCACAGACUGUAAAAGACUUCACUCAAGAUAAAUCUGAGGACUGGACGCUUGCCUUUCCAGAGGCAGAAGCAGGAGAAACCUCAAUAUGGCAAAUAGUGUUUCAUCAGCCAGAAGAAAAAAAGGCUCUGCUUGUGAGUGAUGCUUGGAGUGCAGGCUAUGGGUUCAACACCACAGACACCAGGGUUCUGCUGCGAAUACCGUACACUGCCAUGCAAAUGCAGCUGCUAGAGGCUCAGGGAAUUAGCUUUUUUACAGUGAGAUCGAGUACAUUUUACAAACAGCAAUGGAUUAUCCUGAUGGUAGAUACUUCCGUGGCGUGUCCUGUAGAUGGUGUGGACUACGUUAACAGAACAAUCAUCUGGACUGUUCCAAAAUAUAUUCAACCAGUCUCUGCUGGAGUAACUAUCUUUAAGGAUGUGCUUGUUGAAGCUGGUGUGGAUCUACGCAAACUCUCUGCCAAAGAAAUGGCUUCCAGGAAAUAUGUGUUAUUGAAUGACCUAAAUACAGUCACAAUGAAGAUACCGAUAGGUGCAGAAGGUGGCUAUUACAAGACCUCUGUGAGCAGUGGACAGUAUGGGAAAAAAUACAGCAUCAACCUGUUCUUGGAACAUCAGUGGGAAGAUAACAAAUGGGAACUAACCAAAUAUACUGUCAUCAAGGAAAUAGAAACACCAUUUGAACAAGUAGAGCUUGCUAUAACCAGCAACUCAAAUCUGACUGCAAGGAUAAUGAAUGUGACAGUGGGAACUUUCCUCCCAGAUGUGGACCUUGUGAACUUAACCAUUGAGGGGGCAACUGUUGCUGUAUCUGAAGCUGUUCAACAUGGAUAUCUAAUAUACCAGAUAAGAUAUGCUAAUGGAAGCAAAAGCUAUGGAAUACAAGUCCUAUUUGAUGCACCAAGCAUUAAGAAAGAGUACAUGAGAGCAGACAUGAGAGCGUACACCCUGAAUGUCACGCUUGGAUUCCUAAUCCAUCCAACAAGUGAGAUCUUUAAUGUCCCAGUCAUAUCAGUGUCCACUGUCAAAGAUGCAGUACUGCCCAGCGCAAGAGGAUUUUGUGAUAGGAGAAACCUUCAUCUCAUUAUGACCCAUGGGAAUGUGGACCAAAACUGGCUACCGUUCAUCUCAGACUGGCACCUGACCCCAGAGGAUGCACAGAAGUACAACUACAGUCUCAAGGACAAUGGCACUCACUUGGCAAUCUCUGUCCCUUUCCUUUCACCCCAUGUGAACUAUGAGGUUUUUCGUACCUCUGGAAUAAAGGCUUCACUCCACUUAACCUUAAAGGAUGGCAUGACCUUGGCUAAUAGGAAGGACUUCUCAAUUUCCUGCAGAAUUUCACCUUUGGAGCUAAUACAGUGCCUACCCAAUGGCACUGUGGUUAUUACUGCAGUGAAAUUGGUGGGAAUUGCAGACCUGGAUACCAGCCUAUUUGUCUUGAGGGACAGGCAGUGCAAACCCAGCCUGGUGACAGAGAACACUGCAACCUUCAAGUUCAACGUGAACACUUGUGGAACAAGUAGAAAGUUCAAUAGUGCAGCUAUGACUUAUGAAAAUGAUGUGCUGUAUUUCAGACCUGGCAAUGACAAACCAAUAUACCAACUGAAAUUUGCGUGCUCAUAUGCAAUCAAGCAGACUGUUGAUGUCAGAUAUGAAUCUAAGAAGAACCCACCACCCAGUAUUAAGCCAGGGUUUGGCUCUCUUGCUCUUUCAUUGAAGCUUUUCAAAGAGAAAUCCUAUUCACAUCCUUAUCAGGAAUUGGAAUAUCCUGUGGUAAAAUACCUGAGGGAGGCACUGUAUUUUGAAGUUGAACUGCUCCAGCCUGAAGAUGCGAGACUGGAACUAAACCUGGAUGACUGCUGGGCUACAAACUCCCAAAGCCAGGACAGCCUCCCACAGUGGCCCAUCAUUAUAAAUGGGUGUGAAAACAGUGAAGAUUCCUACAGAACAAUCUUCCACAAAGUGAACUACAGUCCCAGAGUAAAACAACCUCAGGGCUUAAAAAGAUUUGAAGUGAAGAUGUUCACUUUUUUACGAGGCACAACUCUGUUACAAGAGCAGCUGUAUUUCCACUGCAGUGUGGUGAUCUGCAGCACUAUACAAGACCCGUCAGACUUUCAUUGUCCAAGGAGAUGUAAUCCUGGGAAACGCAGACUUGGUGAAUACACUGAAUUUUGA